GCUCGGCCUCCACGGUCAACUUGCCCAGACAGGUGGACCCUGUCAUUAACAGCAGGCUGUCCAAGUCCUCUGCCACGCUCUGGAACUCCCCCAGCAGAACCCGCAGCCUGCGCCUCAGCCCAUGGGAGAGCCGCAUCGUGGAGCGGCUCAUGACGCCGACGCUGUCCUUCCUGGCCCGGAGCCGCAGCGCCGCCACGCUCCUGAACAGCGGCGACUCGCCCUCCUCCAGUCCCUUCAACAGCCGCUCUCAUCAGCACCAGAGCGCCGCAGAGCGAUGGAGAGUUUCCUCCGCCAGCACGCCAGACAUCACACAGAGGCAGCGUCGGCGAAACUCCACCCCGGGGGACAAGAAGAAGAAGGAGAAGAAGGACAAGGAGAGAGAGAACGAGAAGGAGAAGAAUGCUCUGACAAAGGAGAGAGUGCAGAAAAAGAGACAGAUGACAUCAUCACCAAGCGCCACAAUCUCCAGAUCCAGACUUGAGAGCAGCGCUCCGAGGCCCAGGAACAGACCUCCUUCGCCUGCCCCUAAGAGCCGGCCGUUGUCUCCUCUGGUUCCGGUACCGACCUCCAAGACGCCCAUAGGGAAAAAGACACCGCCUCCUUCAGCUGUCCCAAAGAACCGACCCAAACGGGCCCAGACCCCCGCCAGAGUGCAGCCCCAAGCUGUCUCUGCAGUUCCCGUGGAAACCAGAGACGGGAAGCAGCAGGCCGAUGAUUCAGAGGAGAAAAAGUCCUGCAGCAACCUUCCAGCCAUAGUGGUCUCCUCAGCUCCGCUCACUCCUCCGUCUCUCAGCCCCCCAGUGGUGGUGGCACCAAGCGCUCCGCCCGCUGCAGCUCCAGCUGCCGCCUCCGUCAGCACCACAUCCACCCCGGCCAGUAAACCGUCGGCCGGCACCAACGACCCGGAGGAGGCGGCCCGUGUCCUGGCAGAGAAACGAAGGCAGGCCAGGGAGCAGCGGGAGAGGGAGGAGCAGGAGCGUCUGGAGCAGGAGCAGCGCAACAGGGCUCUGCGGGAGGAGGCCAUGGCCCGCGAGGCCGAGGAGAGGAAGCGCAGGGAGGAGGAGGCCAGAUUCAUGGCGGAGCAGCAGCGCCUGAGGGAUGAGGUCCAGAGGGCCGAGGAGGAGAAGGAGGCGCAGAGGAGGGCCAAAGCCGAGCAGGAGGAGAACGAGCGGCUGCAGAAGCAGAGGGAGGAAGCCGAGGCUAGAGCCCGGGAGGAGGCGGAGCGUCAGCGCAUCGAGAGGGAGAAGCACUUCCAGAAGGAGGAGCAGGAGCGGCUGGAGAGGAAGAAGCGCCUGGAGGAGAUCAUGAAGAGGACCCGGAAGAGCGACGCAGGAGACAAGGACGUCAGGGCCCCCCCGCAGGUCAACGGCUCCGAGCUGAGUCAGGCUGCUGGUAACCUGCAGGGCCCCGCGCCGGUGGCCCCCGGCCCCCCUCAGACCGGCCCCCUGGUCGUUAACGGAGUCCAGGCCAGCACACAUCAGAACGGCGUCUCAGCCAUUGGCGAUCUAGAGGCCAUGAUGACCAGCAGCCCACAGCAGCAGGGGGUGCUGGUGGCCGAUCCUCUGCUGGCCUUUGAGGGGGCGGAGCCUUACCUGAUGAAGUCGGGCGCCAUGAAGCCUCAGCAUGUGGCAGAGGUGCUGUGAGCCAUGAUGGAGGGAAGCCUGGUCGCUCCGCCGCAGCCUGGAGAUGCACGCCUCCCAGAGCGCGGCGGCUCCUGCAGCAGAGUGCCAAACCAGGGGGAGCUGAAACAUUAAACCUAACGUCAUCUCUGCG